AUGGCAGAAAAGCCAGAGGAGCGUCAUUCAAGAAUACCGAGGUAUGUUAGAACGACAACGCCAAUUGUAAGCGCGGAUUUAUAGAAACGUUUUGAAAGAAAUCAAAACAAAGCGUGCUGAGAUAGAGGUCAAGGAGCGAAAAGUCGAUUAUCUAAAGAAAUCAUUGCCAGCUUCGGAGAUAGAACAUUAUGCUUCGGCGUCAACAACGUGUUUAACCCGAACAACAAUUCAAGCAGAACAAACAGAUAAAAGUGCUUCCACAACCGGUCUCGUUGGAAGUCAGAUAAGGAGUACAAUUUUUUCUCCUGGAGGUACCAAGCGAAAAGGUAUUUGCAAACCAUAAAACUGUUGCUAUAUAUGCAGUUGUGUUUAUUUAUAUGUUUUACCUUGUAUUAAAAUUUGUUAAAAAUUAGUGUCGUGUGUGACAUAUGAAAAUGUUUAAUGUUAUACUGUGUCUGUUAGUCACGAAAAACAUUCAAAUUCUUUAGUGAGACAAGCUUAUAUGAAGUAUCAAUCGACGCUCAGAGACAGUUUGAACAAGGUUAUAGCAAAGGAAACGGGUCAGGAUGUUUUGGUGGAUGAUCUUCUGAAUAAUUUGCGACUUCAUUAUCACCCUGCCUCAACAACAAACCGUUCAGGACUGCUGAAACAAAUAAGCAAGAUACUGGACACUACACUUGAAUUCAGGGGGAAAGGAAGGAAAAUGUAAGAUACAGAUACAGUACAGAGAUACAGUACUUAUAUGCAAAUUUGAAACUCCCAACCCUGCAUUGGGAACAGGGCUGUAACUAUAUGUGUAAUUGGGGGGGGGGCGUCAUAUUCAUAUAUGCGUGUUCUGCCCUACUGAUUCCUUUUGAAAGUGAUUGUUUUUACAGUAUGUGAACAUGAAUAUGCACCCAUACACACAAAAACACACACACAAUUACCGUGUCUAGUUAUGGCCCUGAUGGGGAAGGGGGGCUUGGAUGUUUCAAAGGACUGGUGCAUUAUCAUAUUCUUGUUUUACUUAAAUAGUUUUUUUUAUUUUAUAUUGUGGAAAAAUUUACUUUGGUCUUAAUUAACAGGGCAUUUUAUAAAGGUUACAAGCUUCUUGCAACUCUGCCAAUUGGACCACAAAGCCCAACUGUGAGUUCUCCACCACGCCAGAUACCAAGAGCAGGUCAGUUUUGACAAUUUUUAACAGUUGCCUUCUUCCUGGCAACUGACUUUUAUGUUGGUUGGUUUGAAAUGACAUAUUAUACAUUGUAAAGAACAGAAAAAAAUGGACCGGAUUAACAUUAUACAGUAUUUUUGUCUCUUCACUUUUUGCAUCUAGCUAGAAUCUAGCAUUAUGGGAUUGUAAAAAUGCCUUGUAUUUUUAGGCCCUUCUGUAAGACCAGAGAAUGUGAGAACAAGACUGUUCACAACUGUGACAACAGAUGGUAAGUAGUCAAACAUUGUUGUUCACUUUAACCCGUUGAGCUGACUCGCUCUCCCCUUGACAUUAGAAUAAUGAAAUAGGGUGCAAUGCAACUUAAUAGUUUAUACACUUUGGAAUAUAGUCUAGUUGAGCACCAGUCGUCUUUCCUUGAUGAGUCAUCUGGUAUGACUCAGACAUAGUUCAAUAUGGUAAUAAAAUAGGAUGCAUUAUUAUGGCAUAAUGUAACUUAUUGGUUGAUGGAAAUAUUUACACUUAGUUUGGUAAUUUUAAAAUAUAUUUGGUGCUGGUAUUCUCAUUCUAUAGAACCUGAAUCAUCUUAUUAUGAUCCAUCUGAUUUGCAAACUGAUUUAGAUGCAUUGGGUAUUCAAGAAGAAACAGGUAAAAUAUUUGUGUUGUUAUUACUGUAUAUCCAAACAUAUCUUAUUAGUCAGGCAUGUACAUUGCACUUACAAACAAGUACAUGUCACCAUGUCAUACUCACAUUUGAUCGCCCUAGUCCAGGGUUCUCAGCUUGUUGUUGAGUUCCAUUAUCACAAGUCUCAGAGCAUUAGGCUUAAUGCAUCCAAUAUACAACCUGUAUGAGAUUUUAUUGCUUUUUGGAUGCUCAAUGUUUAUGUACAGGUGUAUGUACCACAGAAUACCAUGGUACCACAGAAUACCGGUCUUACUUAUUUCUUAUAUAAAAUUUGAAUGAAAUAUGCUAUAAACUUUAUUUUUGUGAUUAUAUAUUAGUUAUAGUCUUAAUUGACAUAUAAAAACAAAAAAUGUAUAUUUUCUUAAAAAUAAUCAGGAUUUACAAGAAGUAACAGACUGCGAUAAAAAUAGGAACAAGCUUGACAUUUCAAGCAGAGGGCUGUGUCUGGAAGUUAAUAGUAAGGAGAGCCUUAUAGUGUAUGAUAUCCUACAUCCAAACCUUGCAAAUCCUGCAUGACUAAUGAACAUAUUAAGAAUAUACUGGUACUUUGUCUAACUAGUAUCUACUGUAAAUUUUUUUCAUAUAUAGAAUUACCACAGACAGUGUUAAAAAAACAGUUUCUGGAGCUUCAAGAUGCCUUAACAAAGACAAAACAUUUUGUAGCGACAUUAAAUGAGAAAAUGAAGCAAUUAACUGAUGACAACUCAGAACUGCAAUUACAUCUAAAUGCCUUGGAAACCAUGUUUGCCACAUACAAAGCAAAGGCCACAUCAAUUGUUGAGGAGCAAAACGGCAUUAUCAAUUUGUAUAAAGAUUUAUUAGAUCAGGGAAAUCUUAUUGGUGGAAUUUUAUCCAUAUCAGAGAGACAGGCUAUUCAGAAAGAGAUUCGAAGAGUAAAGCAAAUAUUUGAUUUAGGAAUAAGGGGUAAGGAGAAUAAAAAAGCAAAAGAUCUAAUGCAAUUCCUUGAUCCUUCCCUUUUUCAAAAUUUGCUUGUUCAAGUGAAAUCCCAUUGCCCUACACUUGUCAACAUAUUAGAGCAGCUUGUUAUUUCAAGCAAUGCUGUCCGUUCCACAAAGAAAACUCCAGAUAUGAAGAUGAAAGCUGCCGUUCAUUUAUUGGCAUCUAUUCUUGAUGUACGUGAUCAGAAUGCUAGAAAUGACAUUCCUGUUUUGUUUGGAUUGUUGUGUUUGAGUUUUGGUGCUGGACCAUCUCUAAUCACUGUGUUACAGCAUUUGGGCUUAUCUGAAUCACAUUCAGUUUUGUAAGUAUAAUAGUUACUGUAUUCUACAUUCCUAAAAUGUGACCAUUCUGAGGAAAUUAAAUUACGUCUGCCACCUGUGCAAGGAGCCUGUUCUUCUGUGCACUAUGAAAUUGAAUCCUUUAUGAUACACAUGUAUUUGGGUCAACACAUGCCCAUAGUCUAAGAGACCAGUUGAUUGGAUUGAUGUUUCAAACAAAUGGCAAACGCCCUUCAUCUGGAAGUUAUUAGCAAUUAAGGAAUCUCCAGUUCAUAAGUAAAAUUUUAGUUGCAUUUCACUAAUAUUUUACUCUAAUAUUGUAUUUUCUUUAAUUUUCCGAGCCCCACUUUAAAAUGUCGAAUAAAAGUCACCAAUUGGUUUUCGACUCUUGAUACUGCCAUAUUACAUUACAUGUUAGCUUUAAUUGUACACUGAGCACAAAAUACGAUAUGUUCAGCUGCAUAUACUAUUGGAGGUAGCCUCCUCCGCAAGCAACUCUUGAAACACACGAGGGGAUAAAGAGGGAAAAUUGGGGGAAAAGUGAGGCGAGGAUGCCUGCGGAGGAGGCUAUAUUGGAGGAAUGUAUAAAAUGAAAGGAGACAUUUGUGAAGCAGGCUAAUUUAGUGUGGCGAACUAUAAUGAUUUCAGGGCCUCUUUUAAGUAUGUGUAACUGGAGGGGACAUAUUUAGCGGGGGACCUCGAGAAUUUCCAGUCGGCAAGUAUGUAUCACUGCAGCCACAGUACCUGGCCAGCAUAUGUAUGCAUGGUUUAACUAAUAAGUAUACGUCAUAGGGCAGCAGAUCAGGCCCGUAACUAGGAUUCUGAGACAACCGAGUCGACCACCGAAGGUGAGAACCUUUAGAGGGGUCUGGGUGCACCCCCUCCAGAAAAUUUUGGAUUUUUUGAAGAUCAGAUAAGCUAUUUCCAGCAUUUUGAGGAGUUUUUCAACAAGGAAUUAACCUUAUAAACAGUGACACAAUUACUGCAAUUUCACAGUCUCCCAAAUGUAACCCAGUCCCAAUAAGGCAGGGUGCGGUAAUGAAAAUGUGCGUGGUAUAUUAUUAUCAUUCACCACACUUCAAAUUUUACACUACUGUAUUACAUGUAUUGGGGUACUUGAAAUCGACGUAUUCGCGUCUUCUCAGUAUCACUUAAGAGCAAGAUAGGGUGUUCUCUUUGUAGUAUCUUUGCUUGGAAAAACUAAAUUAGAAGUUCGUCCUAAAAUGCCAUUUCAUGCCUUGUUCCACGAGCAAAUUAUUUCAGUCAUAGUUUAGGUUUCUGGCGAUGUUUAAAUUUCAGUCCCCACAUUUUGGCCUACCGAGUCAACGGACUCGGUUGACUCAUAGCUAGUUACGGGCCUGCAGAUGACGGUCAAAUUCAGAAAUGUUAACAAUUUAACAUAAUUUUCUCACUUUGAUACAUAAUUGCUGGUUGACCACUAGCCUGCGAGCAGGCUCUCUGGGGAAAGAGAGCCUGCAAGGAUCCCUAUGAUGAUUGCGUGCCACCCUUCAAUUAUGAUGUCACAGGUCAAUUAAUAACAACCAAUCAGCGCAGACCGGAAUACACUACGAUAUUGUAAACAUAAACCGAUUCGUUUCAAAUUCGUUAAUAGUUUCGUAUACAGACCGCCACUGUGGCAUACUAAAAAAGUUAAAACGGCUCGAGGUUUUACAGAGUAAUAUAUCAAGUUGUACUUUUUAUUACAAUCUGCAUGUGUUUCUCCUGUAGGCACAGUAAGUUUAAAGUUGUAUAUUACCCGCUAACUAAUUCAGUUAUUUGGAAUUGCUUCGUGCUGCAAUAUAUAAUAUACACUGUAUACAGUCUAUAUAUAGUAAUAAUAUAACUUACUGAAAUUUAUGGCUUUGGUGAGACAUAGACAUAUAUGAUAUACCAUGGACAUUGGACAUAAUUUAAUAAUAUGUUUAUAGUUCAAAUUUUGCAACAAAAAGUGGAAUUGCAGUAAAACAUGCAUGUGAUAAUUAUUGUAAACAAAGUGACGAGUAAAUUACUGUACAUUUUAACGCCGCAUACUUAUAAAUAUUAAAUAGUCAGUACAACAUUGUAAAACAAGCUUAAUACACACAGUAUGCACUGAAUAUUAUCAGAAUUCCCAAUAUUGUUUCAUAAAAGAGAAGCGAUAUAAUGCCUUGUCCCUAGGUUUCGGUUUGCGAAUUUGUGCAGUCUUUCUCAAGAAUUAUUCUUAGCUUAGGAGUCAGACAAGCCAAGGACACAAUAAAGCAUGCAAGCUUUUAGUAUUCGUCUUUAUAUGAAUACUAUAUUAAUUUACAGUAAAAAGUCAACCAGGAUCAAAAUACAUGACACUUUUAUCUCUACAUUGCCGCAAUUCCGAAGCUUUGCGUUGCUCGGUUUUACAAACGGGAAGUGCAAGUUUAUGGAAGCUUGUCAAUCACUUCAUAUGAAUCAGUUAUCAACCAAUCAGAGCACUGCGUCCAAAUAUUGGACGCAUGCACCGAAUCAUCAAAGGGAUCCUUGCAGGCUCUCUUUCCCCAGAGAGCCUGCUCGCAGGCUAGUUGACCACCUACUGCAGGUAGUUCUUAGAGACCUCACUUGGGGGGGGGGGACAAAAUUGCCGACUGGUGGGGCUAGUAAGAGGGCUGGGAGGACAUGUCCCCCGAGUCUAUAUAUUAAAAGAGUUUAACGCUUUUUUAUUGCUUGAAACGUUUCUAGGAUGUCUGUGUUACGUAAGCAGCUUGAACACUACAAGUCCAUAAUCACAAGCAGAGUUACUUCGGACCAACCCGUCAUAACUUACCAGGACAAUAUGCAAAUUAUGAGGACAUCGCUAAGACAUCUCAGGCUGUCAAAAUUGCAUAAGGAAAAGCUUAAGCAAGAGAAAGUAUGGGACUUCACUGUUCGUGGUUGGCGAGCUGUUAAUACUAGUGGUAUUGAACAACAUUUUCAGAAUCCAAAAACAGCUCUUGAACCACAGGGUAAAGUGUCCGACAUGAAGUAUAAAGAUACUAAACUUGGUAAGUAUUUCUUGACCUGAUUAACCCAUUGAGUCGCUUUGCGCCCUGAUGCGCCCUACUUUAUAUUUUACUCUGUCUAACGCCAUACGAUUUUAAUCGUCAAGGGGAGAGCGAGGGUUAACUGGCCUAUCUGCCCAUGCGUGAGGGGCCUGUCCCGGUUUUGCGGGAUGCGCCUAAAUUCAAGUGGGAUUCGGGAUUUUAAGAGAAAUAUUGGUCGGGAAGCGGGAUUUUAUUCCAUCGCGGGAAGUGGGAUUGAUAAAAAUACCAUGGCGAUAUGCGGGAAAGUAAUCCACGAUUAGUGGGAUAAAUCAACAAUGUUGAUUAUGUGCUCGAAAUUUACUGUUUUCAAGGAUUACAUGCAUGAUUGCGGCUUUCAUAAGAGUCGCAAUUUAGAAUCAUUUACUAUUUCAAAACUUUGUUGUAUUGUAUUCUAGUGUAUUCAAAUUGUAUUUUAUGUCGUGAACAAGUUGAAUACCUUGAACAGCUAGUGUCAUAAUACGUUGAACAGUGUUAGAAAAAAAGUCGGGAGCGGGAAAUUUGGAUGAGGUAUGGCGGGAUAACGGGAUUUGAAGUGAAAAUCGGUCGGGAUGGCGGGAUUUUAGAACCCGGUACAGGCCCCUCACGUCAUGUCUAGUUCCAGUGUGAAGCUCUUGCUUUUUUGCUACUACGCACUGUACCGUUUCGAGCACAUAGCCAAAAAGGGAGAAGUGUAGAAUAACCCCUUGAUUUGGUGAUUUUUCUGUAAUGAAUGGCAACGUAUAUGGAGACGAAUGUAAACUGUGUUGUUUUGAAUGAUAAUUUUUUUUUCACCGUAGUUUGAGGAUAUAUUGAUCAUUCUUUGUGUAAGUAUAUUAAUUGUGUAAUUUAAUUGCAACAAUUUCUGUUUCAGAGAAUAAUCCUGAACACAAGCAACUGUUAGAUGAAUUCAGUGAACGCAAUCUCCUUCGUAAGAUGCAUUUGGCAUUCAAUUUGGUUGUAAAUACCAGCGAUGAACUACAGCAAAUGGAUUCUUCCGAGAUGAAAAGUGUCGCAGAAAGUGCUGUUAGUGCGGAUGGUGAUAAAUUUGUCAUUGAAGUACCGGAAUUGAAACAAGAGUUUCCAGGGCUUGCAAGUGAAAAAUCGCAAGUCUAUCCCCUUCCGUUGUCCUUUGAGAAUCAAUGCACAACUAUGGGAGCAGCAAACAAUCUAUCACUUUUUAGUGAAGAGUUCAACUUUCCUUGCCAACCCACAGAAAGAUAUAUUCCUAUGAGAAAGAGAAGUUCCGAUUUUAAUUUGGACGCAGCUUAUGAAAGAUAUGCCUUUCUUAAAUCAUUAGGUAAGCACAAGGAAAAACAAGACCGUUAUGAAAACAUAUUAAGGAAAAAAAAUGACGAGUCCAGUGACAAUGUGCAGUUGCCUGACAAUACCAUUAUUGGAGUUUUAGAUAGUGAUAGUGACAGCGAAAAUUCUUCAGACUGA